AUGCCUACCGGUAGUUGCUUCUGUGGAAACAUCAAGAUAGAAUAUACAGGCGAGCCCGCAAUGACGGCGCUCUGCCAUUGUGCCGACUGUCGCAAGAUUUCAGGCGGCAACUAUAGCAACAACUUUGUUGUCCCAAGCGAAAACUUCAAGAUCACCAUGGGGAAACCCAAGGAGAUCUCCAAGAUUGCUGACACCGGGAAAUCAAUCACUAGCUGUUUCUGUUCUGAUUGUGGAACAACACUAUAUAGAUACGGAGAUUCAUUCGGCGGGGUCGAUGGAAUGAGGAUAAUCAAGGCUGGUAUCCUCGACGACGUCAACAUCAUUAACAAUACCAAACCGGGCGCCGAGCUUUUUGCACCCGAACGCAUCAAAUGGGUUCCAGCUUUGGAUGGUGCGGGUCAGGUUGAGGCUAUGCCGCCAUCUUAA